GCUAAAAAAGUUCAUGAUGUUUCUUUAGUUUUGUGCAUGUAUUAAUAAUACAGACAAGGAUAAUUAAGUAAUACAUAUGUUAAUUAGUCAAAACAUGAUCCUCUUAAUUAAGGAUGCAUCAACACUUAUAUAUGCUUGCAAAUAAUCCAUUGCUGCGGUGGACAUAUAUUUUUCCAGUAGUUUGGGUACUUCUAUGAUAAAAUUAGUUAAUUCUUUUAAUGCUAAUUUUGAUCACAGUACUACAUCAGUUCCAUAUCAGUUGAUGAUUAUCUUGGUUUAGGCAAUAUAUUAGAGAAUUAAGAGACUAAUCUUGUGUUGGUGUAAGAUUAGUAUAUGUUAUUGUAGGAUUAGUGGGUGUUGUUUGAGCUUACAGUGUUAUUUUGUAUUGUUUUCAUUAAUUUUUUUUAAUAUAUUUUAGGAUUGAAUUAUUUUAAACGGGUUCGUUAAACGGAUAUCCAUUUAAUUACCCGAAUAUUCAUAUAAACGGGUACUUAACGGGUAGGAUACCCGUUACCUAUUUAAAUAUCUAUAAAAUAUAUUUAUUAACUAUUUAAUUGAAACUGAUUUUAAUCGGGUUCGGAUAGUAUGUGGGUAUUCCUAUUUGGAUUUGGGACGGGUUCGGGUAUGUAUCAUUUAAUCGGGUUGGGGUUCGGAUAUCUUUAAAUGAGUGGGUACCCUACCCGUUGUCAUCCCUAGAGAUAAGCUAUAGUAGUCUAAACGCACUUUAUUUUUUUUAUUUUUUUAAAAUUCUUUCAGAGAAAGAAAUCAAAAUUUAAAAUAUUAAAUAUUAUUUAAUUUGAUAUAUGUAUACCUAUGAUCAAAGUAAUGAAUUUCACUUUAAUUUCGUAUUUACUUUAAAAUAAAUAUAAUAUUUCUAUUUGUCUAUUUAGAGUUUGAGAAGAGGAUACCCAAUGAAUCUGUAAACGGGUCUAUUGAGCUAAUUAAGUGUGUACUGUUGCAGAUUAGUAGUCUUUGCUCCGCCAGUCGGAUUCCAAACCAAAACGCAGAGACGUGAGAGACAGAAAAAUAUAGUGAAGGAUAAAAUCAGAGUCAUUUUGAUCCGAUGUGUAUAUAUGAUUUAACGACAAUAAUUUAAACUUUAAUUAUAAAAUGUCCUUCUCUUUAGCGACCAACUGUUACUGCUCUUCACCUGUAAUCUGCAACGCUAUUUUGAAUUACAAUAAUAACAACCACCGCAACAAUCACUCUCACUGUAGCGACGCCGCGUUCAUAAAACGCGCGGCAGAGUUAGCAGAUAAAUCCGCUGGCUGCACCUCUCCACAUCCGAAUUUCGGUUGCGUAAUAGCCACAGCAACGGGGAAUGUCGCCGGAGAAGGCUAUCUAUAUGCGCAGGGAACUAAACCAGCGGAGGUUCAAGCAGUGGAGGCAGCUGGGGAGUGGAGUAAAGGCGCUACUGCUUAUCUAAACUUAGAACCUGGUGAUUGCCAUGGAGAUCACACUGCUGUCUCUUCUCUUGUUCAGGCAGGGAUUACAAGAGUAGUGGUGGGUAUUAGGCAUCCUUUAAGGCAUCUUCAAGGUAAUGCUGUACAUGCUUUACGAAAUCAUGGUUUGCAAGUUGAAGUUCUUGGAGAGGAUCUCCAGAGUAAGAUUAUCGAGGAUGCUCGAAAAUCAUGCCUCCUUGUGAAUGCUCCUUUGAUUCAUAGAGCUACAUCUCGAGUUCCUUUCUCUGUUCUCAAGUAUGCCAUGACUCUUGAUGGAAAAAUUGCUGCUAGUUCUGGACAUGCAGCAUGGGUGAGCAGUAGGAAGUCAAGGAAUCGAGUUUUUGAAUUGCGCAGCAGAAGUGAUGCUAUUAUUGUUGGAGGAAAUACUGUACGUAGGGACAAUCCUCGGUUAACUGCUAGACAUGGUGGUGAAUACAUGCCUAUGCGGAUUGUAAUGUCACAAACACUUGAUCUUCCUGAGGAAGCAAACCUUUGGGACGUUUGUGAUGUUUCUACCAUAGUUGUAACACAAAGAGGUGCCAGAAGGAGUUUCCAGAAACUACUUGCAUCCAAAGGAGUUGAAGUGGUGGAGUUUGAAAUUUUAAAUCCUAGAGAAGUUAUGGAAUAUUUUCAUGAUCGUGGAUAUCUUUCCAUUUUGUGGGAGUGUGGAGGAACACUGGCAGCUUCUGCUAUUUCUGCGGGUGUUAUACACAAGGUUUUUGCAUUUGUUGCCCCCAAGAUUAUUGGUGGAAAGAAUGCUCCAUCUCCUGUGGGUGAACUAGGAAUGGUUGAGAUGACACAAGCCUUGGAUUUGGUUGAUGUUUGCUAUGAGCAGGUUGGACCAGAUAUGCUUAUUAGUGGAUUUCUCCAACCUAUCCCUGAAUUGACUCCAGUUAUACCAUCAGAGAAUGAAACUUUUGCAAUUGACCCUACUGUCACUCCUUAUGAAUCGAGCAUCAUAUUCUUUUAUAAGACGUGGGAUCCUUAUGGAGCUUUUUCAAAUUUUUCUCCGCAUCCAAUUCAAAUGCUUGAUGAUAAUGGUAACUAUGCCACAUGGUCAACUGUAGAGCAUUUUUACCAGGCGCACAAGUUUCUUGGGGUGAAUAAUCCUGAUGCAAAAUAUUGCACUGAAAAGAUAAAAUCGGCAAGAAGUCCAGAGGAAGCAGCACGGAUGGGAAGGUCAAUGCAAAGGCAGCAUCCUCAUCUGGUGAGAACUGAUUGGGAGAAUGUCAAAAUUGAUGUGAUGUACAAGGCAUUAAAAUGCAAGUUCUCCAUUUAUCCUCAUCUGAACUCUAUGCUGCUCUCAACUGCUGGAUCUGUUCUUGUUGAAGCUUCCCCACAUGAUCUUUUCUGGGGUGGAGGCCGGGAAGGUGAAGGCCUGAAUUAUCUCGGCAGGCUGCUGAUGCGCUUGCGAUCAAAGUUUCUUGGCGAGUCUUCUACAUCAAGUGAAAGCACUUGCAUAGCUCUAUAAGUAUAUGGAUGAAAUAGGCAAUUCCAUGCUGAAUAUGCACAUUUGGUUAACAUUAUUAUUAUAUGUGGAUAAGUGAUUAAUUCAUAGUUAAGUUAUCACCGUGUUAAACUAAUAUUGAUGUACUUUAGACUAUUUACAAACUUCUCUUGUGCUUGCGGCUUAUCUUUUUGGCCAAAACAAAGUGGGUUUUGUUGGUCUUAUUGGGAUGGUGAAUACUAUGGAAUAAGCCUAAAUUUGUUCAUUGAA